AUGAAGAGUGUUGUUUUAGCGGAACAAUCAGUUAAAACUGGUGAAAGAAUCGAAAACGGUGAUAAAGAGAAGAAGAAGAAGCAACGCAAAACUAAUCGUCGAUCUAAGAACACCUCAGACCUUCAUGUGGAGGGGUCGAAUGGUAGAACCAGUGGGAGUAAACCGAAAGAUUGUACUUCUUUAACGAAGCAGCAGAGAUUGGAUUUGGAUAAUACUAGUGAGCUUGAAGCUAUGAGAGCGUCUAAUGUAGCUUUCAAUUCUACGCCGCCUAUGUAUUUCGAUGGGCGAGCGGAAAGUUGUUAUACCAGGAGCUCUGGAAGAAGUCCGCCGGUUCCUUCUGCGGAAAUUAGUAGACAAUUGUUAUCGAAGUCGUGUCCUGAUCCUAGGGAUUGUGAGCAGUCUCCUAGGAUGGAUGGUGACUUGUUCCAGCAAAUUGAAGGUUCAUCACAGCGGAAGAUUUUCUCUUCACAUUGGUCUCUUGAUGCUGUGAAAGAAGCUUUAGAGAAAGGUGAAGCUUUUAAGGCACCAUUUCGGGUGAAUGCUCAUAACCGCAUUGAGGCUUACUGUAAGAUCGAUGGAGUCCCUACAGACAUUCUAAUUACUGGAAAUAUUAGCCAAAAUAGAGCAGUGGAAGGAGAUGUUGUUGUUAUUAAAUUGGAUCCGUUCUCAUUGUGGCCAAAGAUGAAAGGAUUUGUUACCGAGAAUGUUGCUAAGUCUGAAGAAACAAACAUUUCCCCAGAGAAAGACAAGCCUCUUAGCAAUUUAGGAAAAGGUGAGAUAAAUGCAGAUAACAAAAAUGCUCGACGGAAACAUGCUGUUGAUGUUGCGGAAGGUUUUGGAAAUGGGCCCUCGACAAACAAAUCUUCAGUUAUAGGACAAGGGGCUAUGAACUGUGUUGGUCGUAGUUCUACCCCCUUAUUGGAAUCAUGUUUGGGUUCUCCUAGUGAGCAGAAAGGAAAUUGCACUGCGGUUGAGAAGUUAUGCGCCAUCCUUAGUUCCUUCCCCUACAAACGACCAACUGGACAAGUAGUUGCUGUUGUUGAAAAAUCACUUGUAAGAGAUUCUAUUGUUGGCUUGCUGGAUGUUCAGGGGUGGAUUCAUUAUAAGGAAGGUGAUGCCAAAACGAGCAAGUCUCCUUUGCCUCUUUCUGAUGAUGAAUACGUCCAGCUGAUACCUGCAGACCCUAGGUUUCCGAAAUUGAUUGUUCCCUUCCAUGUCUUACCUGGAAGCAUUAAAGCAAGACUCGAAAGUAUCGAUCCAACACUCAAGGCAGAGCUUGUAGCAGCCCAAAUUAUGGACUGGGGCGAAGGGAGCCCGUUUCCUCUAGCCCAUAUCACACAUAUCUUUGGCCGAGGCAGUGAAUUGGAGCCGCAGAUCAAUGCGAUAUUGUAUCAGAACUCAGUUUGCGAUACUGAAUUUUCUUCUGGCUCGCUUGCUAGCCUUCCACGUGUUCCUUGGGAAGUACCAGAAGCAGAGGUUCAACGCAGGAAAGAUCUGAGAGACCUGUGUGUAUUAACCAUCGACCCCUCAACGGCAACAGACCUCGAUGAUGCUCUAUCAGUGCAAAGUUUAGCCGGCGGUUUUUGUAGAGUCGGUGUUCACAUUGCUGAUGUCUCCUACUUCGUUUUACCAGACACUGCUCUUGACACAGAAGCUCAGUUUAGGUCGACAAGUGUCUAUAUGCUGCAGAGAAAAGUACCAAUGUUGCCUCCAUUACUGUCAGAGAACGUAGGUUCACUUAAUCCAGGAGCUGAUAGGCUUGCUUUUUCUAUCUUCUGGGAUAUAAAUAAAGAAGGGGAAGUGAUAGAUCACUGGAUUGGUCGUACUGUUAUACGGUCGUGCUGCAAGCUUUCAUAUGACCAUGCUCAAGGCAUUAUAGAGGGGACAGAUGAGAUGUUGAGGAAUGAUGUUGCCGAAAAUGGCUGGCCUGCGUUGCACGGAUCUUUCCAGUGGAGUGACGUGAUUCGAUCUGUCAAACAGCUUAGUGAGAUUUCAACCAUUUUAAGGCAGAAGAGAUUUAGAAACGGGGCUUUGCAGCUGGAGAAUUCAAAACCCGUUUUUGUCUUUGAUGAAGAUGGAGUUCCGUAUGAUUUUGUGUUGUGUUCUACAAAGGUUUCGAAUUUUCUUGUUGAGGAGUUUAUGCUGUUAGCAAAUACGACUGCGGCUGAGGUUAUUUCUCGAGCUUACCCUGACAGCUCAUUGCUGCGGAAGCAUCCAGAACCUAAUAUGCGCAAGCUCAAAGAAUUUGAAGGCUUUUGUUCGAAGCAUGGUAUGGAUUUGGACGUUUCUUCUUCUGGCCAAUUUCAGGAGUCACUGGAGAAAAUCACGGAAAACCUCAAGGAUGACUCAGUUUUGUUAGAUAUUCUCAACAAUUAUGCUGUAAAACCUAUGCAAUUGGCAUCUUACUUUUGCACUGGGAAUUUGAAGGACAAUGUUGCUGAGUGGGGACACUAUGCACUAGCUGUUCCUCUCUAUACUCACUUCACAUCUCCUCUUCGACGGUACGCGGACAUAGUCGUUCACCGUGCAGUAGCUGCUGCUAUUGAAGCUGAGAUGUUGUACUCAAAGCUUAAGCAAACAUCAAUUGAAGAAGUGAGAGGCUGCUUUACCGGCAUUCGUUUCAAUAAAGAUGCUGCAGAAUCUAUGGAGGGCAAAGAAGCAUUGUCGGUCGCUGGUUUGAAAUAUGGUGUUCCUUCCACUGAAAUACUCUCUGAUGUCGCUGCUCAUUGCAAUGAGAGGAAGCUGGCGUCCCGAAGAGUCAAAGAUGCAUGUGAUAAGCUCUACACUUGGUUUGUGCUGAAGAAAAAAGAGGCAAAAAUCUCAUUAAUUCCUUCUGUGCAGGUUUUUCCGUGUGAAGCUAGAGUAAUGAACUUGGGAUUAAGAUUUAUGACCAUUUACAUUAGCAAGCUCGGUAUUGAACGGAGAUUAUACUACGACCAAAUCGAAGGCUUGUGCGCAGACUGGCUAGAGGCAACAUCAACCUUAAUCCUUAAUAAACUCUAUUUCAAAAGAGGUGGAAGAGGCUAUUUCAAGCCCUUGAAGGAAGUUGCCUAUAUAGUGAGUCCUUGUGACCUAUGUGUUGCAAAAUGCAGUGCGAUGUCUGUCAACGACACCGAGCCAUCAGAGGGCGUACCAAAAGACGAGGUUGCCCCUGCUGUUUUCCCUUUGACCAUUCAACUGUUCUCGACCAUUCCAGUGGUUCUUCACGCUGUUGGUGGGGAUGAUGGUCCGCUCGAUAUAGGAGCUAGACUCUACGUGACUUCAUAUUAUAGUUGA